CAGUUUUGGGGGACUCUUGUCCAGUUUCAAAGCCUGGGAACCCCUCAACCCCUUUCCGAGACUCGGGGUGUCAUCCUGCCGUCCUGCUGUGGAUCGGGAUCAGGGUGGGGGUGUGUGGGGCGGUGCUCUGUACCCUCCUGUCCCGUUCCGGCUGUACUUUCUGUUUCACUUCUGUGCCGGACACUGCCCCAGACGGCGGACGGGAGAGAGUAGACGGCCCACGGGAGAGAGUAGACGGCCCACAGCGAGAUGCAGACGACAUCGGGACUCAUCGGCGGUUCUACCGUGCCAGUUACCACCGGGACCACGAUAAUGGCGGUGGAGUUCAGUGGAGGAAUUGUGAUCGCCUCGGACUCCCGGGUCUCGGCGGGGGAGGCGGUGGUUAAUCGUGUGAUGGACAAGUUGUCGCCCUUGUACGAGCGUAUCUGCUGCGCUCUGUCCGGCUCUGCGGCCGACGCCCAGGCCAUCGCCGACAUCACUUCCUACCAGCUGGAGCUGCACAGUCUGGAGCUGCAGGAGGAGCCCCGGGUCCGAGCCGCUGCGUCCAUGGUCAGGAACAUCUGCUACAAGUACAAGGAAGAACUGCUGGCACACCUCAUCGUGGCAGGGUGGGACCGCAGUCACCAGGGCCAGGUGUACGUCACACUGGGCGGGAUGCUGGUCAGGCAGCCCUGCGCAAUCGGGGGCUCUGGGAGCACCUACAUCUAUGGAUAUGUGGACGCCAAUUACAGAGCUGGCAUGAGCAGGGACGAGUGCAAACAGUUCGUAACUAAUGCCAUUGCUUUGGCCAUUAGCCGGGAUGGCUCCAGUGGGGGGGUGAUCUUCCUCACCACCAUUACGGAGAAGGGCACCGAACACCAGGUCAUACUGCCCAACGAGAUGCCUCGCUUCUACGACGAGUGACGCCCUGUGGUCGCCUGACGCCUGACCUGUAGGCCCCGUGUUCCAGAGCUUUGUUACCGGAAACCUGUGGCUGUUUGGGGCAGAGACGUGGCUGGGAAACGACGGGUGGAGCAGGUCUCAGUGGGUGGGGGGAGGUCACGGUUAUAACCCACACCCACCCUCAGUAACACGGUCCCUGCUCACACACGCUGGGGAAACCACGCUGACCCAGUGCCAGCCCGUGCCACCCCGUGACAGCUCCCAGAGCCGCUGCAGAGCCUGGACUGGAAACCCGAGGUACAGGGUACGGACAGUGCCAGGCUGUAUGCUACUUUAAUCAAUAAUAAACGAUUCCUCAGUGCUGAACCUG